CAUCCUUUUUUAUACACAUCUUUUAGGUAUUUCCAAUAUUUACAUUGGAUGUAUAUGGGGUCUGCCUGAAUGUGCAUGCAUCAAAAGUCUGUGUACAUGUACAAGUCAAAUAAACUAUACUUUGCAAGGCUUUACUCUGGACUUUAGACUCCUCUGCAUUCGGGAAAGAGUAUCAGCGUAGGACAUACUGUGCAUGUGUAUAAUGCACACACAUGCAUAGUCAAUAAAACCUCCUUUGAUUUGAAUCAAUAAUUAUUUAAACAAUAACUAUUUACAAUCUUCAGCCGAUCUCCUUUCCUGUUAUCAUUUACAUGCUCUAUUCUCCGACACUUCGCGGACUCUAGCGAAAAGUUUUGGAACAGUCCAUUAGGCACUGAAUGACAGGGAUGACCGGAAUAGUCCAUUUAUUAAAGGUGACACUUUUCUACAGUAAAAAUUGACCCCUAUGCUGGGUUGUUUGAACCCAACUGCUGGGUUAUAAUAACAACAAUAUUCAAUAUUCCAAUAUUGUCAAUUUUGUUGUAUUGUGGUGUCCAACAAUAACCCAGCCAUUUUUAGAGUAUGUUGGAUAGAGUGUAACUGACUGUUUUAAACUAUAAUAAUGGCAGUGUGCAUUAUUUUGUAAAUUCAAAUGUAAUCUUGUAACUGUUAUAGGGUUUUUUAUGAAGAUGGCUGGUUUGUGGCUUUCUUUUUUGUCAGUACAGUUGUUUCAUUUCUAUGUGCAUUCAGCAGGUUGCUUCAGAGGCAUGAGGUAUUAUUAGUAGGUUACUACAUACAACAAUGCAUCAAUAAAAAAUGACCUUUGAUAUUUAAGUAAAAGUACUUGCUUUUAAAUAUACAUAUUUACUUAUGUAAAUAUCUGUCUUCACAAGUCUACUAAUAAGUGAGAAAAUUUUGACCAGUAGUAUGUGUACUUGCUACUUUCGCUCAAGUUAGUGCUGUCCACUUCUCUGCAAAUGGCUUUACAGAAAAUCUGAAUUAAAGUAUUUUUUUCUUGUCUGUAGAUAAGCAGAGUUAUAAGAUAUACAAAAAUGGCAAGAAUGACAUGGACACAUUGACAUCUACUUAUGGUUUUCAUUCACUCUCCUUUAGAUGUUAAGCUGGUAGAUGGGGAUAAUGUGUGUUCUGGAAGAGUGGAGGUCUUAUAUAAUGAUGAAUGGGGAACCGUUUGUGAUGCUGGCUGGGAUUUAAUAGAUGCUGCAGUGGUGUGUAAUAGCAUGAGUUGUGGGACUCCUAUAGCAGCAGAGACCGGAGCUUUCUUUGGGCAGGGUUCAGGACCCGUGUGGCUAGAUGAUCUGAUAUGUUCUGGGAAUGAGCCAUCAGUAAAAAAUUGUCUAUCGAAGGCAUUAGGAACAAGCACCUGCAGUCAUGGACAAGAUGCUGGAGUCAUCUGUCGAGAUAUAAAGCUGGUAGGUGGUACAAGUCCAUGUGAUGGCAGACUUCAGGUUCUUUAUGAUGAUCACUGGGGUGGAGUUUGUCACACUGGCUGGGGUCUGGAUGAAGCUGCAGUUGUGUGUAAAGAGCUGGGCUGUGGUGCAACUGGAGAGCCACUGUCAUAUGUGGGUCCAUUUGUUGGGCCAAUAUGGAUGAGUAAUAUUGCAUGUACUGGAAAUGAGUUGACAGUGCGAAACUGUUCAUUUACUGGAUGGGGUUUGAGCAGUUGCAUGAAUGGACUUUAUGCAGGGGUUUUUUGCAACAGUAAGAUCAUUUUUUAAACUUUUUUUCUAAUUCAUAGUUAAAUUGUUAGUUCAUCCUGAAAUGAUUAAAGCCUGCAAGUGAUACCAAAUGUGUUCAGCUGGGUUCAGGUCUGGGCUUCAUACAGACCAGUCAAGCUUUUCCACACUAGACAGAAUUAAACAUUUCUUUAUGAACCUUGGUUUGUGCAUACCCAGCAAGCAGUAGCAAUAAUUUCACCGUCUAGGUUAACUAUAGACCUGAUACAGACAGGUUAUGAUUAACCCACUUCUAGAAAAAAUAAACCUGAAUGUUGUUGUGUCUGCCAAAAUAACUUGUAAAAUGUAGAGUAUAAAGUCAGUAAUUACAAGGCAUUUGGCUUAGUUUAUUUAUGUGUUUCAUUUUUGGGAGGGCUAUGGUUGGACAUCUGUUAAAUUUUCACUAAAAGCCCAAAUUUUGCCCUGUUUUGCCAGAGGUGUGUUUUAAAAGCAAAAUUGCUUACUUGGAAGAAACACUGUCAUGCUGGACUAGAAAAUGGUUCUUAUCCAAACUGUUGCGAUCAAAUUAGAUGCACACAAUUCUACCUGUUCAUUAAAAGGAGACGUCCCAAUACUUUUAUAGUGUAUAUGGCACCAGUCACGUGGAGUUGUUUUAUAAU